AGGAACAAGGACUGUCAAAAAGUUUGGUCAUCAUCUUCAGAUCCUGUGCAUUUUGAUGAUGUUUCUCAUGAAAAAUUAGGAAGCAUGUCGGAAGUGGAGGCCAUGAAUCUCAGCAGUCUUUCUCAAGGCUUCACCCAUUCAAAUUCUCCCUUCUAUAUGGAAACCAGCAGUACCACUUCAAACUUGCCUCAGAAUGAAAUAAAGAAUGCUGAAAGGGAAGAUGAGUCUAAAUUCACACAUUGCGAAGAAAUUUAUUGCACACUAGAUGAUUGGUUAGGUGAUGUCAGCAUUGGAAAUGAUUCACAGAACUUACUAACUCAGCCAGUUGACACCAGCAUUUCCCCCUUGAGGCAAUUUGAACCCAUUUGCAAAUUUCAUCUGAGAGAAGCAUUUAAUAAUGAAAUGAUAACAUUUCAAAAUCGGACAGAAAGCUCACCUUACACGGAGAAACCAGAAAUGCAAAGUCAUGUGUAUAAUUAUGCAAAAGACACCAAUAUGAAGGAAGAUUCAUUUAAGGAAGAAGAUCCAGUGGGAACUGGCAUGUCCGCAAAUGAAGACCAACUUGCUCAUGAGUGUGUCACACAAUCUUCUAGAAGCCCACCUCUAGUGCACAGCGGUGGAGAGACACUGAAAUUCAUGGAAAUGUCACUGCCUAAAAGUGCUUCCGUGGAGUCUGCGCUCAAACCUAGUCAAACUCAAAGCUUCUUGUAUAAGGAAAAGGUACACAGAGAUGUUGAAAAACCAUUUUACAAAGAGAAUAGCUUUAACCUCUUUGAUCUGAGAGCCAAUGAUAAAACAGAGGAGGUAAGAUUUUUGAUGGACAUCACUACUCCCGUUAUUGAACAUUUCAAAAAGAGUGAAAAAGUUAGUGAUACAAUGCUACAAAAAUUGAAGCACUUCCAUCUUAAAAAGAAAGAUUUAGAUAAAGAGUUCCUGGAACAUAAAGACAGAAUCACAGCUUUUAGAGAGUUAAUUGCAAAAGAAAAAGCAUUUCAAGAUCAGGUUAUCAAGGUUACAAGUUUGGAUUCAGAUGAAGCCAAGAAUAUUAGAGAUGUGCCUGUCUUAUUGGGAGUCAAACUGAAUAAGGACCACAGUCUGAAUGAAGAGCUUGAUUUCUUGAUUGCAAAAUUGGGAAAUCUUCUAGAGUCAAAAGAAGACCACUGCAACAGACUCAUUGAAGAAAAUGACAAGUAUCAAAGACAUUUAGGCAACUUAAUAAAUAAGGUUACCUCAUAUGAAGAAAUAAUCAAAUGUGCUGACCAAAGACUCGAGAUAUCCCACUCCCAGAUUGCAUAUUUAGAAGAGAGAAAUAAACAUUUGGAAGACUUAAUUAGGCCCAGAGAGAGAGCA